UCUUUUUCUCCCUGGCUGCCUGACGGUUUAUCGCCAUCAUGAAUGACACAGUAACUAUCCGGACCAGGAAGUUCAUGACCAACCGACUACUCCAGCGGAAACAAAUGGUCAUUGAUGUCCUUCAUCCUGGGAAGGCAACAGUACCUAAGACAGAAAUUCGGGAAAAACUAGCCAAAAUGUAUAAGACCACACCAGAUGUCAUCUUUGUCUUUGGAUUCAGAACCCAUUUUGGUGGUGGCAAGACUACAGGCUUUGGCAUGAUUUAUGAUUCCUUGGAUUAUGCAAAGAAAAAUGAACCCAAACACAGACUUGCAAGACAUGGCCUGUAUGAGAAGAAAAAGACCUCAAGAAAACAGCGCAAGGAGCGGAAGAACAGAAUGAAGAAAGUCAGGGGCACUGCAAAGGCCAACGUUGGUGCUGGCAAAAAGGUACAGUAUUAUCAGAGAAAGUACGGAAAUGUCAAUAAUUCCUUGACUCUUUUUCUCAAACCCCACAUCCAGCCCAUCAGCAAGUCUGUUUGCUCUUCCUUCAAAAUACAUCCAGAAUCUGACUGCUUCUCACCACCUCUCACCUGUGUCACUGCCAGUGCUUCCUUACUGGCUCCUAAUUACACCUUUGCCCCUUCCGUUGAUCCUGCAUGUAGUAGCCAAAGUGGCUCUAUGAAAAUCCAGGCCCCUGACUACAAAAAUGAUGUGAUGGAGGUAUCAGACUUCAUCUAA